UUCAUUGCCUUCCUCGAAACACUGACCGGCAUCCGCAAUUUGACGGCCGAUAGCCGAAUGUUUGGAGGUGGCCCCUUCUCGAUUGUUAACGGCGGUUUCCUCUCGCUGCACACCGACUUCAACAAGCACCAGACCUGCCAAAAUGGGAUUUCGCCCAUUCCCACCUACGGUGAGCCAAAACCUGGCUGCACGGUGGUCACACCAGGCUGGCGACGCCUAAAUUUGCUAAUGUACCUGAACGAGGGCUGGCGCGAGGAGUGGGGAGGCUCCUUUGAGUUGUGGGAGACCGACCCGCGCUACUCGUUCCUUCAAUAUUCAAAAAAAGUUCUGCCUGAGCUCAAUCGGAUCGCCAUCUUCUCGGUUACUGACGUCUCCAUUCACGGCCAUCUCGACCCGGUCAACCACCCGCACGGCGAGGCCCGAAAGUCGCUCUCAUUCUACUAUUACACC